AUGGAAACAGAGAAGAAUGGAAACAUUCUUAUGCAAAGGUAUGAGGUUGGCAAAUUAUUGGGGCAAGGAACUUUUGCCAAGGUAUACCAUGCUAGGAACAUAGAGACGUCUCAAAGUGUUGCUAUCAAGGUUAUUGACAAGGACAAAAUUUUCAAGGUUGGCCUAAUGGAGCAGAUCAAACGAGAGAUAUCAGUGAUGAAACUGGUGAGGCACCCAAACAUCGUGCAACUUUAUGAAGUCAUGGCUACUAAAUCAAAGAUAUAUUUUGUGCUUGAAUAUGUCAAGGGUGGUGAAUUAUUUAACAAAAUUGCUAAAGGAAAGUUAAGAGAAGAUGCUGCAAGGAAAUACUUCCAGCAAUUGGUUAGUGCAGUUGAUUUUUGUCAUAGUAGGGGUGUGUAUCAUCGUGAUUUGAAGCCAGAAAACCUACUCGUUGAUGAGAAUGGGAAUCUAAAAAUUUCAGAUUUUGGAUUGAGUGCUCUUACUGAAUCAAGACGCCAAGAUGGUCUUCUACACACAACUUGUGGUACUCCAGCAUAUGUGGCACCAGAGGUUAUUAGCCGAAAAGGAUACGAUGGUGCAAAGGUUGACACAUGGUCUUGUGGAGUGAUCCUAUUUGUUCUUAUGGCUGGAUAUCUUCCUUUCCAAGAUUCAAAUUUGAUGGAGAUGUAUAGAAAGAUUGGAAAAGCAGAUUUCAAAUGUCCACCGUGGUUUCCAUCUGAUGUACGCAAGUUAGUGUCAAGAAUUCUUGAUCCAAAUCCAAGGACUAGAAUGCCUAUUACAAAAAUAGUGGAAUGCUUUUGGUUCAAAAAGGGUAUUGACAGCAAGCUAAUCCGAAAGAAUAUUGAGAUAAAGGGGAAAGUUUCAGCUCUAACUAAUGUUAAACAGGAUGUAGCAAAGGUUACCAACCUUAAUGCUUUUGACAUUAUUUCCCUUUCAGAAGGCUUUAAUCUUUCAGGCUUGUUUGACGAGUCCGACAAAAGAAAAGAGGCAAGGUUCACAUCUAGUCAAUCAGCUUCAACUAUUAUCUCAAAACUAGAAGAUGUCGCCACCAGUUCAAAGCUUACAGUAAAGAAGAAAGAAGGUGGUGUGCUAAAAAUGGAAGGUGAAAAUGAAGGAAGGAAAGGUGUACUGUCUAUCGAUGCAGAGAUCUUUGAAGUUACUCCUUCCUUCCAUCUUGUAGAGAUCAAGAAAAACAAUGGGGAUACGAUAGAAUAUGAAAAUUUGUUUAAACAGGACAUGAAACCAGCGCUCAAAGACAUUGUUUGGGCAUGGCAAGGUGAGCGUCAGGAUCAAUAG